AUGUCGAGCAGCCCUUUUCCAUACACGUGUGAGUUAUGUGGGGCAGAAGGCCUCACAGACGAGGGAAUGCGGUCACAUACUCUUGAGGCCCACGUGGCCGGGAGACCAGACUGCCCCUUCUGUGACUGCACAGUACCUCAACCACAGCUCGUAGGUCACGUCCAACGAGCACACUUACAUUAUCUGACGCCAGAACGAGAACUCAUGGCGUUCAUUGAUGAUCAGAGCCCAAGUUUCGAAGAAGAUUCCAAAAUGACGACAACAGAUAGCUGCAGUUACAACACGCCGGGCUCUAUGAACGGCUGGCACAGCCCCGAGGUGACGUCCUACCACAACGGCGCCAUUUCAAAAAACUACUACAACGGCUUCCAAGACAAAGACAAUUAUAGAGAAAAAGAUGACGAUAAAUACUCGCGUUCACCCAAAAAUAUUAACCUAACAAAUGGCAUGAAGAGCAUGAACAUCAAUAAUACGGCGAAAAAGAAAUGCAGCAGAGAGAACUCCAUCGACCGUGAUUAUAUUAAUGGACACGAUAAAAAAGCUGCACAUACUAACUCAAACCAUAACAGUAACGAUAGCUCACCAAAUAAAAAUAAACUAACAAUGGCAAGUGCGGGUCAAGGGUCGCCUCUUAGGUCACAACUGGCACUUAAACUGAAAUCCAAUACGCCUAAAAAGAAUGCGCCAACACCCAGCCCUACGGUACAGUGUCUUCUAUGUGACUUUAAGUCGACAUGUCCAAGAAAACUCGAAGAGCAUAUAAACCGGGCUCACUUUGAUUUAACAUCUCCGUCAGUGUUGGGAAAUGCCAAUGAUAACUCCAAUAUUACUAACAACGCUACACUGAGUCUUAGUAACGCCACCAUAACGCUGGAUAAUCCUACCCUGGCGUUAAGUGCUAUGUCAAUAUCACCAGGACCGCAUUCUUCGAGCUAUCAAUGUCCUAUAUGCGAAGUCGAAUUUUCCAAUGGCUCGGAGGUCGAAGUUCACGUCAAUGUUGAGCACAGGGAUAUCUUAAGCCCACAGAAAUCUGACCAAGCGGACAAUGCUUUGUGUGAUGAUGUAGUUAUGAUGGAAGAGAGUCCUGUUAGUAAUUGCCCUGUCUGCUGUCAACCGUUGCCUCUAUCACAACAUGAGUUGAUUCAGCACAUAGAAGAACAUUUCGAGAGAGGUGAAGAUGGAACGGAUUCUGUGACGGCUGCUGAAAGAGAAGCUCAGAAAAACAGAGAGGAACAGGAGUUUCAAUUAUUAAAAGCUCAAUAUGGUAUGGAAGAAGACGAGGAAGGUUAUACAAGCCGUGCAGCCAGCAGUCUUAAGAGGGCCGUGUACAGCGGAGCCCUAUCUGUGGCGGGGUACUACGAACGGAGUGUGGGACUUAAGAAGGCCUCCGCUCAAGGUGUAGAUGCUGGUUGCUCUAAGACAAAUGGUAUAUUAGAGAGGAUAGCACAGUUGAAUGCUCAAAACCCGAGCAUUGUUAAGACAUAUCUAUGUAGUGCAGUGGAUCACUACGCUAGUACAUACGGAGACAGAGGAUGGGGCUGUGGUUAUAGGAACAUGCAAAUGUUACUAUCUUCUCUGUCACGCCAUGGGCCAUACUUAACUCGACUGAAUGAGGGUUUAGGGGGUGCGGAGGGUGCAGGAUGCGUUGGGGGUGCAGGGUGCGUUCCAUCUAUACCCAGCCUACAACUGCUCGUAGAGAGAGCAUGGCAGAUGGGAUUUGAUACCCAGGGUUCAGAACAGCUCGGCUGCAAGCUUCAUAACACAAGGAAAUGGAUUGGAGCUUGUGAGGUGGUUACUGUACUAUCAUCACUGAGAAUACGCUGUCAAUUAAUAGACUUCCACAAGCCAACGGCGGCUGACGGCUCUCAUCCUGCGCUCUUCGACUAUGUGUUGAGAUACUUCACACAUGAUCCAAACGCGUUCAAACCACCGUUAUACCUUCAACAUCAAGGACACUCCAGAACAAUCAUUGGUUAUGAAAAACACAAGGACGGUAAGGCGACACUACUAGUUUUGGAUCCAUCGCAUUCCCCGGCACAGGUCCGGCAAGUGUCUGUAGGGUCGUGGUCAUCAGCGGCUAGCGCACUCCGUUUGCUACGACGAGGAGCCCCUGCGCUUCGAGCGAGACAGUACCAACUGUUAUGUGUGGAUGGACUCAUCACCACUGACCAGGAGUACCAGGAAUAUAAGGUGAUGUACCAUCUACCACUUACAUGA